CGGCGCUGCCGAAAGUGGACAGUCGAAGUCCUGUGCCAGAGGCCAUUGGAGGCCAGCUGAGGACUCCAAGCUCAAAGAACUGGUGGAACUCUACGGUCCCCAGAACUGGAACCUCAUAGCAGAAAAGCUGGAGGGCAGAUCAGGUAGAGAGCUGAGCGAAUCUCCUUCUCUCUCUUCUGCUAACUGUAGGAGCUUGUUUUGACAUGAAGCUCUACUCUACUCCCUCGUGUCUGGGUUUGAAGGUAAGAGUUGCAGAUUGAGAUGGUUCAACCAGUUGGAUCCGAGGAUCAACAGAAGGCCUUUCACCGAAGAGGAAGAGGAGAAGCUGAUGACCGCUCACAGAUUGUAUGGUAACAAAUGGGCCAUGAUCGCGAGGCUUUUCCCUGGUAGAACCGACAAUGCGGUGAAGAACCACUGGCAUGUCAUCAUGGCGAGGAAGUAUAGGGAGCAAUCCUUCGCCUGUCGGAGGAGAAAGCUAAGCCAAGCUGUCCACCGGAGAUUUGAGGAAGUUGCUGCGGCAGGCGCAACAGCCGCCCGUGGCUUUAGCAGCAGUCAUUCUUCGCCUUCCUUCCCUUCUCGUAUUCCUCUUGAUUCCUUCUCUGCUAACAAGGCUGAUGAGAAGGGUGAUAUGCAAAGUGCUGAGCCCUUCAUGGUGUUCGGACAGCAUUCUCCCCUCAGCUUGUCGAUGCAACAAUCAACCCACUUAUCCCAUGUUUCUGCCAAUGAGACACCAUUUGAAGAGAACUCAGAAAGCAGCCACCUUGAUGCUGCAGCCUCACCAACUUUCAUAGAUUUCCUUGGAGUAGGAGCCACAUGAGUUGUGAGGUGAAAGGAUCAAAACAAAGGCAGGCAGAAGAACAAUGCAAAAGGACCAGUUAGAAAAGCUGGGUGCCAAGAGAAUAGAGAGACCAAGAUGCCAGCACAGAGAAGAAGAUACCAUUGUUGUUUGAGUUAAGGGGACAAAUUUUGCUUGGCCAUUUAACCUCUCAGUUUAUGUGAUUUAAACAUCCAAAGCCAGGGUAGAAUAUUUGUAUUUUAGUAGGUAAAAUUAGUUCCAGUCAAGUCUACUAAUUGGCUAAACUUGUGUCUAUUCUGGUUGGAGACUCAAUUUCUCCUCCUUACUCUCAAGUUUAUGCUCUGAGAACAUUUUUCUCCAAGAAAAUGGGAGAGUUCAUAAUCCACAAAAUAUUUGCACAUAC